AUGAGUCACAACCACCAAGGCCCGCCCCUAAUGGUCAAUCGCGGGUUCUUUGAGGAGAAGCGGAAUGUGAUUCGUGUGUGCCAAAUUGUGGUGGGGAUCUACUGCGCUCUCGCGAAUGCCUACUGUUUCCCAAACGAUUUAUUCCGCGAAUGCUCCCACCUCUACCACUCAUUCCCACAAGUAUUUUCGAUCGUCUGCGUAAAUGUGUUCUUCUGUGUGCUCACAACAGUCAUGGUCAUUUUUGAUGUGUUUGGUGUCUCGCAGACCUAUUAUAAAUACAAUUUUCAUCUCAUGGAACGGCUGUUCUCGACGCUAGCAGCUGCUGUAUACUGCAUAUCCGCCCUGUUUUUGCUGAUGGCUCUAUUCCAAUCAACCUUCGUCAUUCAGUGGCUCUUUACACUUAUGGGUACCGCGCUGAACACUGCUCUCUACAUUUACGAUGCCGUCGAUCGAUUUAAAAAUGACCCAACCCGGGGCUAC